AUGAAUCCUCAUCGAUUUUCGUGUAGUGUUUGCAAUAUAUGGUGUGACACUGAGAAUGUCCUACGAGCUCAUGAAACGGGGAGAAAACAUCGCUCUAAAUGUCUUGCUUUAGACAGUUUAAACAUAGUGGAUCAUAUUAAUUAUCCCCUAAAAGUUUCCUUACCAACACUAGUUACUCCUGAUUCGGGCUCACCGAAAGAUUCAUUCUUAGAUACCACCACUUAUUCUACAGGGCCAACGAGAAAUUCAAUCUGUGAUCAAGAAUCCUCUUCAUACGUAGGUUUCAUUGAUUCUAGUUCAAAUUGGACAAAGUCAGACCAGUUAUCUUCAGCUUCCGAAAUUUCCUUUACCUGCAACUUAUGCGGUAUACAUAUGAAUUCUUCAGAUCAAUAUACUUCUCACCUUCGUGGUCGCAAACAUCAAAGUAAAAUAAAUCUUAAUUCAGUUUCCAGUCUGUCUUCAAGCGAUACAGCAAUGUCACCAUCAAGUGACGAAAGCUCAACUUCUGUUUUUUAUCAGUGCAAUAUUUGUCAAUUUGUAAUAUUCAGUUCAAUGAAACUGAAACAUUUGGAGUCAGAAGAGCAUCAACUGAAUGUUCGCAAGUUAAGAGAAAAAUCAGUAUCAUCAAGUCCACGUGUAGACAACUCUCACCUACGUAAAUUUAAACGAUCUUGUCGAGAGGUCUUAGUACCCGUAUAUGGAUCAAUCAAGUUCACAUCUGCUGAGGCUAAGCUUUUGGAGAAUUCAGCGAAAGGAGAUCAAGAUUGUGUUUUGUUGUUGGAUUCAUUUGACGGUCGAGAUCGUAUUGCGAUACAUCUGGCAAAUGCAUUACUGAUAGCUAAUAAAAAUCUAUCAACUAUCGACUCGUCAAGUCCUUCUGCUCCUACCUGGGUAGUAUGGGUUCUACCCAAAACAGAUAGUUCCUUAGCUAACUCGAUUUCUGUAUUUGGAUCUCAAUCAGAUAAUGACAAUAAUACAUCUCAACGUCCUUUAAAAAUUGCUCACUUACCUUGUGAUGUAAAAAAAUUAACACAAGUUGAUUUGAUACUUACAACCUCUGAUUUGUUUGUUGAGCACUUAUCAAUUCUACUAAUGAAACAAGCAUUUAUUUGUGGCAUAAUUAUUCAUGAUGUCGAUGUAGCGUUAAAAAAUGAAGAGUUUUGCAAUCUUCUUCAUCGUUAUCGUCAAGAUUACACAAACCAACAUAAUCGAGGCCGAAUCAUAUGUUUUGGUCGAAUGAAAGUAGAGGAAGACAGCGUUUUUUCGUCGUUCACACAGUACAGUUAA